UCAAUAGCCUUAAUUAGUCUCUUAAUAGAUUUUAAUGACCUAGCAGUCCGUAGGGCUUACUGGGUCUGAUAGCCAUUAAAUGACAUGCCAGUCAGUAGGCCUUGUUGAACCUGUAUGUUAAUACUUUUAAUCGAAAGUAGCCGUUGUGAGUUCUUGUUCAGCACAGUCUUCCUCUUCCUACUACCAGCAUCCUCGUUUGUCUUCCUUGACCUCCUGCAGCAGGAUGGAGGAGGACGCGGAGUCGCAGUCGAACGCCUCGAGCACCUCCUUAGAGGAGACCACCUUGGUCUCCGUCAAGGUGGGCUGGUUCUACUUCAACCCGGUGUCCAGGAAGGGUCGCGCUCUUCAUCUGUUACAGAUGUUGGUGCUGCCCUUCAUCCCCAUCGUGGCUCUCAUAACCCAGAACUGUAUAGCCAUGUCCAACGCUCUCAGGAACCAGGCUGCGGUCAGCUCAGUCGCUGUCCAGGUUCAGCAUGCUGUAGACAUCGGGUUGUUGCUGCGAGCACUUCAGCUGGAACGAACUGAGCUCUGCUACUAUGUCCUCUCCAACGCCUCCAGCACCUUCAGAAUGAACAUCACCAACGUAUACCAACACACCAAUGGUACCAUCGAGGGGGUGCAGCGAUGGCCCAGCUUCCACAGGAACAUGCAGCGUAGUAGGAUUUUCCAGUCUCGCGUCAGGUUCCAGAUAAGACUCCAGGAUUUCAGGGACUCCAUCAACCCUCUGGAGACACACGUGACCAAGGUGGUGUCCUGGUACAAUGAAGCCAAUUUCAUCCUCCUAAGCGUCCUCAUGUCCACCAUUAACACCGCAGACGCUUCCAGUAUAUGGCAAACCUUGGUCGCUUACCAGAACGUAAUGCAGUGUGAAGAACAAUUCGGGAUCUCACUAGUGUACGGAGCAGCUUACUACCUGGUUGGAGGCCUCGACAGCAAGAGUUACCUCACGUGGGUCGAGUCCACUGCCCUGGCUGGGUACUGGCUUAACCAGGCACUUGCCCUCUCACCAAAAAUCGAGCGUCGCCUUCGGAAGAGAGGUUUCCUGACCCACCUUGCCAAGAGGAUUACCGAAAGGGAUGACAUUAUAGGCAACAAAAAGCGCAACGGAUCGGUGGAGGCUGCCGACAUCUUUAUGCAGGAGAGCGCUGCCUUUUUAACCUCUAUCAGAGAUGUUGAAGCUUCGCUUGUCGUGGAUAUAAGAGAUGCCAUCAACGGGGAACUAGAGGUGGCUGACAGGCAGUACACCCUGGCGCUAGUAGUCCUGCUUCUAGUUCUUCUAAUCUCUCCAGUCAUCAUCGUCUUGGCCAGAAAAGCUACUAGCCUCAUCCAUGUGUACUCUUACGACCUGCUUCUCAAAUCAGCCGAAGUGAAGAAGGAAAAACGAAAGAGUGACAAUCUUCUGUAUCAGCUCUUGCCACGCACUGUCGCCCAUUACCUCAAGCAAUCCAAGCAGGUUCCAGCAGAGUAUUUCGAGUCUGUCACUAUUUAUCUCAGCGACAUCGUGGGAUUUACACACAUUUCAUCAGAGAGCAGUCCUUUACAGGUGGUGACGCUGCUCAACACACUUUAUAAGCAGUUUGACUCCAGCAUUGAGAAAUACGACGUCUACAAGAUGGAGACGAUCGGUGAUGCUUACAUGGUGGUAUCCGGUCUACCCAACAGGAACGGAGAGAGACACGCCUCAGAGAUUGCGGAGAUGGCCCUAACGCUGCUGGAGAUGGUGUCGCAUUUCGAGCUCAUUCAUAAGAAGGGAGAGAUGCUCAGAGUUCGCAUUGGUAUCCAUUCUGGUACCUGCGUCGCUGGCGUAGUUGGUACCAAGAUGCCUCGCUACUGCAUAUUUGGCAAGACCAUCACCACAGCGCACUUUAUGGAGAGCAGCGGAGAACGUACGUAUGUUGAUCCCACCUCACCAGUACUCUUCUCACAGUUAGUCCAAGGUGAAGCCAAGGCAGUGUCUUUGCCAUGAGACUUCUUAUCUGAUUAAAGUUUAGUCAAGUACUCACAUAGUUGUGGUUACCAGGGUUGAGUCUCAGCUCAUGGCCCCGUCUCUUACCUGCAUACGACCAGUUUCACUACUUUCCUGCCUUGUGGAUCCUUUGGUACCUACCCUUGUUUUCAUAAAAGUACGUGUGUUGGGUUAUCUUGAGCAGUUGUUUUGCGUGUUUUUUGUACGAACGGUUUGGGCGGUGCACAUUACAAUAAUUUAGUUUCAUUUUGUUGGUUGUUUGUUGCCAUGAUGCCCACAACAUCAGCCAUGAAGAUCCACGUGAGUGAAACAACUUAUAAUUUACUGACGGCGACGGGACGGUACCGUCUGCAGUUCCACCGUCGCUUGCAGGUGGUCAGCAAGUAUCGUAUCGGCACCGGCGAGGUCAGAACUCUCUCUUCCUCCACCUCUCCCAACACUUUUUCCUAAUCUCACACCCAUGGAGAGACUUCUUUAUGCUGGUGAAGAGCUCUUGUUUUAAUAAAUUAGAGAUACCCUUCCUUUUGAUCAGCUCUGAUUACUUUUAAUUCACCCAGGCCCUCUUGACCCUUACGGUUUUAUCAUUUCCCCAUGAAUACUAUUUACUCAUCAUCCCACACUUUCAAACUAGUCUUGGGCAUGACAUAAGAGACUGUGGGCUAUCAGACUUGAGUUAAAGAAAUCAAAAUUUGUAAAGUCGAGUAACUAAGCCCAUUCAUGUAACUGUGUGAGGAUCACUCAGAGUACCUCCUCUCCUUGACAGCAGGAGACGGAACUGGACACGUACUGGCUGCUGGGACGGACCAGCCCACAAGAGGCGCGGCAGGUAGAUUUGACGAGUGAAUACCACACCCCGGCCUUCCUCGCCUGUGUCACAGACAGAGGAGCCAGACCCCAGCGUCACACUGCCACUUCCAGGUUCUGAGUUUGCUGCUGCCACUGCAGCUGCUGUUGCUCCAUCUACUCUGCUGCUGCUGUACCUACUGCAGAUUUUAAUGCUGAUGCUGUUGCUACUACAGCUGUUGAUGCUGCUAUUGUUGCUGUAAGUACCGCAGCUUUUACUGUACGUAUUGAUGAUGCAGCUACAAAAGCAGUUGCUACUGUUGCAGUAUGGAAGCGCAAAACCCAUAGAGGUCGUAUAAAGCACUGGGUAAAGGGUGGCAAUUAGGUUCGUUCUAGGGAAGGAGAGGAUAGUUCCAAAUCCUUUAUCUAAUUCUCCUGGAAGCGUUUUAAAUCUCAAUUAAAUCUAAGUGGAAGUAGGUUCCUGGAGUUUACCUGGAGAGAGUUUCGGGGGUCAACGCCCCCGCGGCCCGGUCUGUGACCAGGCCUCCUGGUUCGUGACAACUUACAUGUAGCCUAACUCCUGGGGACACCAACCCAUGUAUGAGGCAGACAUAUCAUCACGUGUAUUGAUAUAGUAAGCUGUCUUAUGAAAUUCCUAUAUAUAGUGAGACUGAAAUAGUAAAUUCAAAAUUUAAUAGGGCAGAGGAAAAGCGUUCACAGUAUGUAUUCAAUUUUGGAUGCACUUUUUAAAUCGCACUUACAAAAAUGCACUAUAUAUAUGUAGAAGAGCUUAUUGUAUCUCAACAGUAUCCUUGAUGAAAGAAAAUGUAUGGUGAUUUAUAAUUAAGGAUAGGUGUUUACCUGGAGUUUACCUGGAGAGAGAGUUUCGGGGGUCAACGCCCCCGCGGCCCGGUCUGUGACCAGGCCUCCUGGUGGAUCAGCGCCUGAUCAACCAGGCUGUUGCUGCUGGCUGCACGCAAACCAACGUACGAGCCACAGCCCGGCUGAUCAGGAACUGACUUUAGGUGCUUGUCCAGUGCCAGCUUGAAGACUGCCAGGGGUCUGUUGGUAAUCCCCCUUAUGUGUGCUGGGAGGCAGUUGAACAGUCUCGGGCCCCUGACACUUAUUGUAUGGUCUCUUAACGUGCUAGUGACACCCCUGCUUUUCAUUGGGGGGAUGGUGCAUCGUCUGCCAAGUCUUUUGCUUUCGUAGUGAGUGAUUUUCGUGUGCAAGUUCGGUACUAGUCCCUCUAGGAUUUUCCAGGUGUAUAUAAUCAUGUAUCUCUCCCUCCUGCGUUCCAGGGAAUACAGGUUUAGAAAACCUCAAGCGCUCCCAGUAAUUGAGGUGUUUUAUCUCCGUUAUGCGCGCCGUGAAAGUUCUCUGUACAUUUUCUAGGUCGGCAAUUUCACCUGCCUUGAAAGGUGCUGUUAGAGUGCAGCAAUAUUCCAGCCUAGAUAGAACAAGUGACCUGAAGAGUGUCAUCAUGGGCUUGGCCUCCCUAGUUUUGAAGGUUCUCAUUAUCCAUCCUGUCAUUUUUCUAGCAGAUGCGAUUGAUACAAUGUUAUGGUCCUUGAAGGUGAGAUCCUCCGACAUAAUCACUCCCAGGUCUUUGACGUUGGUGUUUCGC